AUGUCCGUCGUCACGCUCUUGGGCGUCAAGGUGGUGAACAACCCCGCCAAGUUUACCGACAAGUACGAGUUUGAAAUCACUUUCGAGUGCCUCGAGGCUCUGGAGAAGGAUCUCGAGUGGAAGUUGACCUAUGUCGGGUCGGCCACUUCGGACCAGUAUGACCAGGAGCUUGACUCCCUCCUCGUUGGACCCGUCCCCGUUGGCGUAAACAAGUUCCUCUUCGAGGCCGAUGCUCCCAACACGUCCCGCAUACCCGACGCCGACAUACUUGGUGUUACCGUCAUUCUCCUGACGUGCGCCUACGAUGGCCGCGAGUUUGUGCGCGUCGGAUACUACGUCAACAAUGAAUACGACUCGGAGGAGUUGAGUGCGGAGCCCCCUGCCAAGCCCGUCAUCGAGCGCGUCAAGCGUAACGUGCUUGCGGAGAAGCCUCGCGUCACCCGCUUUGCCAUCAGAUGGGAUUCCGAGGCCUCUGCCCCUGCCGAGUUCCCGCCAGAGCAGCCCGAGGCCGACCUCGUAGCGGAUGGCGAAGAAUACGGCGCUGAGGAGGCCGAAGAGGAAGCCACCGAAGAAGUCGAGCACGACGCCGAAGCCAAGACAGCCGGCGAGGACGCGGAGAUGGCCGGUGUGGAUCCAGAGCCGGAGAACGGGCAAGAGAACGGACAUGAGGAAGACGGCAUGUCCGACGAUGGCUCUGUCGACAUUGAGGGCGAGAGCGAAGACGAACUCGAGGAGGAGGAGGCCGAGGCCGAGGUUGGCGAGGACGACGCCAUGGAGGUGGACGAGACCGAGAAGCCAGCCAACGCACCCGCAUCCAAGCCCGUCACUGUCGCUUCUUGA